GAACUUCAACAAAAUGAUGACACUGGCAGCCGUCUUUUGCCUCCUCCAACAAUCCAUGGCGCUCAUUUCUCAUUUUCCUUUUCCUUCCAACACAGCAAGCAAAUCCUUGGGCUGCUGCUGAAACCUUCAUAUCUUUAGAAAUCCAAGAACCAACCAUGCGCUUUGGAAUCUUACAGUCCUUGUUGGCGGUGUCGCUGGCUCCAUGGGUGCCUUGUCAAGGGGAAAAAGUUAUCAUCAGCCAUCAGACCGAGCUGAGUUCUCUUACCCACAAACUUGCCCUUGAUAAGGGGUAUUACUCUGCUUUGGGCCUGGAUGUGGAGUUGGUGUGGUACCCAUCUGGAGCUCCCCAAGUGAAAGCAGCCGUGGAGGACAAAUCGUGGGACAUGGGAGUUGCUGGUGUCGUUCCAAAUAUUAUUGGAGGGUCUCAAGGAAUCUUGGGUGUUGGUAUUGCCAUGGACCAAAGUGCCACCAACCAGUUGAUGGGUAAUGCAGAAGGUGUAGCCACAUGGCCUCCUGAUUCCAUCGAGGGCAUUCCCAUUGUCCUUUCCCCGAACUCAACAGGAGAUUUUGUCGUCCAGGCCUGUUUGAAGAGUCAAGGAUAUGACAUUCAAGAUGUAGAAUUCAUUUAUGCACAACAAGCUGAGGUAAUUGGAAAUAUGACACCUGGACCAGAUGGAACCGCAAAGGCUACAUUGGGUGGUCUUUGGGCUCCCAAUACUUACAAACUUUUAGAUAGUGUCAAUGGGUCAGAAACAAUUUGCUCGGGAGCAUCUGUCUAUGCCACUGUUACUGGUGGACACAUGGUCAGGCAAGAGUUUGCAGAAGAAAAGCCAAUGACUGUUGCCAAGGUUCUAUCUGGGUGGCUACGAGCUGUUGAAUUCAUCAAUGAUGAUUCCAACAAGGAAGAGGUUGUCAAUGCCAUGGCUGAUUUCUUUGCUGAAGCUGAUGUUAUCCUUCCUCGUUCUGCUUUGGAAUUGGAUCUUCGCCUUGUGGGAUUGUUUGGACUGGCAAGACAGCUGGAGUUGAUGUUGCGCCAAGGAGACCCACCCAAUUCCCAAUAUGACAUUUGGACCAGUGAAGUUGGAAACUUCAUGCUGGAAAAUGGAGUGGUUACUUCCUUGGAGCCCCCAGCAACUUACAUUGAUGACAAGUACAUGAAGAUGGUCAAUGAUGAUCCUCAGUUAAAGGACUGGGCUGAAGGAAAGUCAGUUCCUGCCCUAGAAUCAAGUCAGUCAGCAUCAACUUCUGAUUCAUCAUCAACUCCAGAUUCGCCAUCACCCGCUCCUCAGUCUUCUGCAGUGGCCUUUCAAAGCCAAAUCUUCCUUGCCAUGUUGGCAAGCUCCUUGUUUUUUGUGGCAGAGAUCCUGGUGUGAGGAUGAUUCACUGCGGUUGGUGUUUUGCUCUAGUGUGCAACUGUUAAGACAUACAUUUGUUUGGCUCUUGUGUUUGUGCUAUUGAGUUGUAAGUCAAGGAAUAACUGUGAAUUACUCAAAAAAUCCUGUGAUGUAUUUUGUAAACUAUGAAAGUCUUGCUGUA